GUCGUCAUUCACUACCACAGUCACUGAGAGGGCUUAUUGGUCAAGCUAGGGUGGUAAAGCUAUACGGUCAUUUAGCACUCUUGUGAAUUGAGCAUUCAUGCGUUAUAUUUUUUAAAAUCAUUCGCGCUGAAAUUAUCCCGGGCUUCCCCGAGAUCAUAGUUUCAUUAAAAAAUAAUUGUCACUAAUAAUAUUCACUUAUACAUGAUUUCCCGGGUGGAACCCAGUUAUCCUCAAUAGUGAUCAAUUAUUUUAUGGCUCACGUCUGAUAAAAAGCGAAGUUGUGAUCAGGACUACCCAAAAUCCAAAUAUUCGAGCGUAUAAUGCUUUGUAUGUGACAUCGAACGAUUUAUUAUACAAUAUGUUUCGCACUUGUAAGAGCACAAAAAUCCUGCAAAUCAUAUUUGCUACAGUCGUGUUUUUACUUGGCACAGUUAUACAGUUGUUCGUUGAUUCGCUACUUGGCACAAAUAGCUAAUAUGGUGAAAGUAAAACUUUAUACUCUUCAUGUGAGCCCUCCGUGCCGUGCUGUGGAAUUAACUGCCAAAGCCCUAGGCAUCGAUCUAGAUCAACAAAUAGUCAAUCUUCUGGCGGGCGAUCAUCUCACUCCAGAGUAUUUAAAAAUGAAUCCUCAGCAUACCAUCCCAAUGCUGGAUGAUAACGGAAUAAUCAUUUCUGAAAGCCAUGCUAUUAUGAUCUACCUGGUGUCGAAGUAUGGGAAAGAUGAUAGCCUGUAUCCGAAAGAUUUGGUCAAACAGGCCAAGGUUCACUCUAUUCUACAUUUUGAAUCAGGUGUACUGUUUGCUCGUAUGAGAUUUCUGUUUGAACCAAUUAUAUUCGGGGGUAAUUCGGAAAUUCCCGCUGAGAAGAAGGAAAAUAUUCAGAAAGCGUAUAAAUUACUAGAAGACACCCUCGUCGACGAUUACGUCGCAGGGAAUUCGUUGACUAUUGCCGAUUUCAGCUGUGUCUCAUCUUUUACAUCACUGAUGGGCGUAAUACCAGUGGAGAAAUCGACCUACCCAAAAAUCUAUGCCUGGUUGGAUCGUUUGAAGCAGUUGCCGUAUUAUGAGGAGGCUAAUGGAAGUGGCGCGAAUGAAAUAACUAAAUUGGUUCUCGAUGGUUUGAUGAAGGAUUCGGCAAAGGCAUGAACAAGAUAUGAAACAUGAUGAAUGCAUUUAAGUUUUACGUCGAAAAUUAAAUUUGUAUUUGAGAUUUAUAUAAAUGAACUCUGGUCGGAAACGAUUUUUCUAAACCCUAUUGGUAUUUUUACAACUAAAAAAUUAGGGUUAGAGGACAGAAGGCAGACAUCUAUACUAGUACAAGCUUUUUAAAAAAUGCUGGGUUAAGCAUACAAGUGAAAAUUCGUUAAAAAUCACCAUUUCAAACGAUUUCGGACACGUGAAUUACCAUGGUACACAAGUUUGAACGUAAGAGCCCACAAACCACUGUUGCAAAUCUGUUCUUUAAGUUUCUUUUUUGAAUUACUAAUCCUUUUCGUAUAUGUUUAACAAAUAGUUGAUAAAGACGUGAAUAUGUGUUAACCACAUCAUGAAUAAAAGUCUGUUUUAAGUA